AUUAAUCUCUGUGCGUACCUCUAUAAAUUAAUGCAAAUUUCAUAAACUUUUUUAAGAAGAAAAAGAAAAUCUACCAAGAAUCAUAGCUGAAGAAGAUGGUAAGCACGGAAACGAUGGAGGUAGAGUUUGAGAAUAAGGAACUGAAGCACCUAGGAUUCGUGAGAGUGGCUGCGAUCCGCACCCUGGUUUACGUUUCGUACCUUUACGAGUUCGCCAAACAGAACUCCGGUCCGUUGAGAUCCACCGUAGGAACCGUCGAGGGCGCCGUUACGACCGCCGUUAGUCCCGUCUACGAGAGAUUUAAGAAUGUUCCUGAUCUUCUUCUCGUCUUUCUUGAUAAGAAGGUAGAUGAGGCUUCACAAAAAUUUGAGGAUCAUGUUCCAGCAAAAGCGAAGCAAGCGAUUUACCAAGCCCAAGAUUUGGUUCAGAAGACAGCACAACAUGCUCGGAAGCUAGGCCACGAGGCUCGAACCAAUGGACCGCGAGGAGCGUUGUGCUGCGCCGCGGGGGAGUACAAGCAGCUCGUUGUGGUAUACUCAACCAAGUUGUGGGUUAAACUGAAUCACAACUCCGCUUUCCACGCGAUGGCUGAGAAGGUUGUUCCGACGGCGGCUAAUUUGUGCGGUAAGUAUAACGGUUUCGUUAAUGACAUGAGUGGGAAAGGGUACCCUUUGUUUGGAUAUCUGCCGUUGAUACCGAUUGAUGAGUUGAGUAAGCAAAUUAAGGUAGCCGAAGCAAAGGAAAAAGAACAUUUAGAUGAUGAUAAAUCAGAUUCUACUUCUGAUUCAGAUUAGGAGUUCUUUUUUCUUAUUUGGAAAAUAGAAAUCUAUGUAAUUUUGUGGGGGGUUUUGUUGACGUGUUGAUAGAGGCAAUGCCAAGUUUGCCGUUGUACAAACUCUUUCCUUAUGAAUCUGAGUAUAAUAUGUUUAAUAGACA